GCGGGGAGCCUGGCCCUCGGCCCCGCCGCCUCCGGCUGACAUCAGCCUCCCCUCCCCCCCCCCCCCGCUCCUCCUGGGCGAGCUUGACUGGCGGAAAAUUAAUAAUUAAUAGGGUGAAAUUGAUUAAAGGGCUGGGCGCGCGAUGGGGGCGCUCGGAGAGCUCUUCCCCUUCUUCCCGGCCGCGCCGCAUCCGCCUCCCCGCCGGCAGCGGCCCGGCAGCGGGGACUUGCCGCCGCCGAGCCGGGGAAGCUCCGGGGCAGCCCAGCCCGAGCAGGAAGGAAAAGGGCGGCGGGGAACGGGGAUGGGGAGGAAAGCGGCGGCUACAGCAGCAAACCCCGCUGGCUGGCUGAUUGUAACCGAGACCGGCCGCGCUACCGGCGGCGGCGACAGCCGAGGGCUGGCUCCGAGGAUAGCUCGGCGCAGCUGGGAGGGUGUGUGUGUACAAAGCAGGGUCCCGGGAGCUGCCCGAGGGCGGUGCUCGGCACCACAAGCCCAGCCUUUACUCCCCCUCUUCCUCCCCCCAUUUUUCCCCUACCGCGAUCGGUCUCUGCCACGCAGGGAGUGGGGAACCGCAGGGGACGCGGCCGGGCCAGCGCACGCCUCAGCCUCCAGCCCCGCGGAGCGCGGGUCGGAGCCACCGCAGCCCGAGUGGUGUUAUUCCCGGGCUGGAAAUUGUCCUGGCUCCACCCUGGACAAUCGCCUGUCAGAGGCCUCUUCUCUCCCUUCCCCGGAGGCCCUGCCCUGCUUUAUUUACUUUUGA